CCUGCCUGAACGGCGGCCGCUGCUCGGCGACCGCCGCCGCCGCCGGCGGCUUUAGCUGCGCAUGCGCAGUCCGCUUCCUCGGCGAGCGGUGCGAGCAGGACACGGACCCGUGCGCCUCAUCACCCUGCCUGCACGGCGGCGUGUGCACCAACGUGGCCGGUGACUACCGCUGCGACUGUCCGGUGCGUCUGUCGGGCCGGCGCUGCCAGUACGGCCUGCACUGCAACCCCAACCCGUGCCGCAACGGCGGCGCCUGCGAGGAGGGCGCGUUCGGACCGCUGUGCAAGUGUCGCGGUUUCACCGGGCCCCUGUGCACGGUCGACGUCAACGAGUGCCUGCAGAGUCCGUGCCGCAACGGCGCCACGUGCGUGAACGUGCCGGGCGCGUUCCGCUGCCUGUGCGCGGCCAACUGGACGGGCACGUACUGCGGCCUGACGGCGGCGGCGCCGGCCGCCCGGCUGCCCAUCACGCUCGAGCACAUCGUCGGCAUCGUGGCGUUCGUGCUGGCGCUGUUUCUGGUGGUGCUGCUGGUGGUGUGCUGGCGCCAGUCGCGGCGCAAGCGCAGCCGCACGCCGCGCCACCCGCUGGCCGGCAACCAGGACGCCUCGAACGAGAUCCUGCUGCAGAACAUCAAGCCAAAAAACCAGCGCGGCGAGUACAAGCGGAUGUCCAAGGUGUCCAACUUGGAGGCCAACAGCUCGGUGGCAGCGACUCUGCCGGUCCGUCCGGCGUCGUUCACCGGCGGAGCCAACAACCGGGCCUCCGAGCCGCAAUACUCGACGCUCAACAACCUGGACACCAUCCGCAGCUACGGGUCGGCAGCCGACGACCUGGACGGUCCACCACACAGCGCCUGCCAGUACUUGCAGAACUUCAACAAGCCCACGGCGAGUGUGGCGCCCUCUAUGGCGGCCACAGCCUCCGACAUGAGCGCCACCAACACUCUGGAGAAGUCCUACCGGGACAUGGACAAAAACAUCAAGCCCUCCUACUACGACAUGCACAAGAUACAGAACGACCUGACGGACCCGCAGCUGGCGGCGCUGAACAGGAUCCAGCUGCCGCCGCUGGACAAGCCGCGCCGUGAGGGCGGCGCCACCGCUCUCUCCUCCCCGGAAACGCCAGAUUACCACUGGGACUGUUCGGACUGGGUUCGCACCAGUCAGAAUCCCCUGCCGAACAUCACCGAGGUCACGGGGUCAGAGGUCAAGGACACGUCCAGUUACCAUAGCAACGAGAGCAACGAGAGCAACACUGCUGUUCGCGCCCCUGCCAGCGUGGCCAUGGCGGACGACGACGACGUGCUGGAGACGCUGAACGAGGACCAGACGUCCGACUACGUGGGCGAGGGCGACGGCGACGACAUCACCUCGGACCUGGACACGCUGCCCGAGCCGACCGACUUCGACCGCAUUCUGUCGGCUCACGGCAUCGAGCUGGGCGGCUCGGCGUCCGAGCUGUCGUCGGUGGCCGGCGGCGACCUGGCCUACGGCCUGGCGGCGCACCCCAACCUGUACCUGCCGGCGCACAGCGGCGCCGACACGGACGGCGAGGCGGACGGUCUGCUGCACCGGCUGGACAGGUACCGGUACCCGGCGCGCAACCGUCUGCCGCUGCAGCUGGGUACGUACGCCGAGCUGGAGUCGCUGACGGCCGGCAGUCAGAGCGAGGACGGCGGCCAGCUGUGUGACAUCGAGUCGGACGACGCCAGCUCGCGCAUCUGACGGCGCCCGGCCGGCCGGAGCUGGGCCGCGAUCUCAGAGGCCGGGCCGGCCGACGGCCGACGGCGCGCGGUGGGACGGGCGGCGCCGGGCCCGCCGGCCGGCCGGGCCAGCUCGGAGGAGACACUCGCGCUCAGGUCGGCCGGGGUGAGGCUGGCCCGCCGGCCCAGCGGCCGGCACAUUCCGACGGCGGCCCUCCUGACGGCGGCCACCUGAGUGCUGGGAGUCCCCGGGCAGCGUAACUCCUCGAGAGACAGUCCUUUGAGGACCGUCCUCGGAGUUGCACCGCGAUGCGUCGGGCGCCGUGAGAUGGGCUUCCGACUGUGUGGUGCUCCGAUCCUCAGCCGUGAUCGACACACCCCGUCGUUCGCGGCUGUGGCUGGACGGAGCCGCGGCUGACGGGUCCUCGUGAGAACGCCGUGCAGCCUGCAGACAGCUCCGCUGUCGUGUGUUGUGCGUUUUCCGAUGGUGGCUGCGCGGGCGUCCGGCCUGGAGCCACGUCAGCGCAGGCUGCCGCGUAACGAGCUUUAGUUUGAUUUGACCUUAGCCGAGAUUAUGCGAUGGAGCAGUCCCAGUCAUGCACUGCCAUUGUAGCAGUUUAAUUUCGUCCGCAUGGGUGGCGCUUGCUGCGUGAAGUAUUGGCCAAACUCCGCUGAGAUUCCAGUACAAAGUGCAUGAAUGGUGCUACUUUGUACCCAUUUUUACUUAACGACUGCUCGGAACAGCGUCGGAUCGGGCGUCAGCUCUGUGUUUUGUUAUUGACUGGUGGCCUCGCUUCCGGGGGACCACAUUUAGUUUAGCGUUCAUGACAUGUAAUCUGUUAGUGCUCUCUCGCUGCUUUUGGUUCACUAAUUUCUGCCCCGCGUUGGCACUUCGCCAGCGCGAGUGGGCUUGCUCCCAGUGCCGCCAGCAACUCCCGUGUUCUGUACCCGGUGGCGAGUGCAUGCAUUGCCGUUACCGCGGAGCAGCCGCACGCGUACUGCACGCCUCUUUUCGUGUGCCGCGCAUGCUGUGACGUCACGCGCCGAUCGCCGCUCGGCUGCGGAUCAUGCAUGGACGACUCGCCUGCUUCUGGACCCACCGGGCGUAGGCUCGUCUGGCUGCGACCCGGAAGGAGACGGCCGCCCGCGAUCUGCGUCAGGAGAGCCGUGUCUGACUGAUGUGUCCGUGCGUGCUGCUCGGAGCGACUGCUGGUGGUAUUUGUGUUUAAAUGCGCCGCUGCGGUGAGAGCGGACAGGUCCGCCGGGCUUUUGUGACCACGUGCCAUAACUGUGAUACAUUCUGUACAUACUGCAUUCUAUGCCUACCGGUUUUUUGUACAUAAAUGUUUUGU